AUGCUCAUCGUUGGCGCUGGUAAUGAACCCUUUGCUAGGAAUAAUGAUUCAGGGUUCUUGAGUCUAACUGACAUUACCAACCUAGGCUUGCACGGCCUCGCCAUGGCUAAAACAUAUCUUCAAGUCCAUCCGAAUGGGAGACUUCUUGUCAUGGACCAAGCCAAAUCAGUUGGUGGCUCUUGGGCUAAGGAGCGACUAUACCCAGGACUUAAGACCAAUAAUAUCAUCGGCUCGUACGAAUUUGGCGAUUUCCCCAUGGUCCCAGAACGCUAUGGAGCAAAAUUCCAUGGGCAUAUUCCCGGUGAAGUUGUACACGCGUAUUUCUGCGAUGUUGUGGCGCACUACGGCAUCGACUUAUGUCUUCGCCUCGAGACCAGAGUGCAGUCAGCAACGCUUCGAACAGACGGGCGAUGGUUGAUGAGGGUCGAAUCUAUCAAUGAGCAACAGCAGUAUGCGGAUACGCUCGUGGCUGCGAAGAUAGUCAUUGCUACGGGACUUACCUCCGAGCCAUACAUUCCAACGUUUCCAGGACAAGGAGAUUUUUGUGGGCUCAUACUGCAUUCGAAACAGUUAAAGGAGCAGACUGACAAUCUUGCGUCUCGCAAAAAUGUCGUCGUCCUUGGCGGGAAUAAGUCGGCAUGGGAUGUUUGCUACACAGCAGCCCGGUCUGGCUCUCAGGUACAUAUGCUCAUACGCCCGACGGGGGGAGGUCCGAGUUAUCUCUGGCCGAGGGCAUUUUCCUGGGGACUAUUCAAUCUCUCUCUGGCCAAACUGUCAGCUACGAGACUGUUCGUCUCAUUUGAUCCAACUCUGUACGGGAAGAGAGGGCGCCUUGCUUUCCUAUGGCAUUUCCUUCACCGGACUCUACUGGGCCAGAAGGUCUGUCAGUUUUUCUGGACACGACUAGAUGCGCAUAUCAAAAAACUGAAUGAGUAUAAUUCGCAUCCGGAAUUGCAGAAGCUCGAGCCCUGGACGAGCCCAUUCUGGAUGGGCAACUCCCUAAGUAUCCACAAUUACGACACGAACUGGUUUGACCUUGUUCGAGAAGGAAAGAUCAGCAUACACAUAGCGGAUCUCGCCUCUCUGUCAAACGGCAGGGUACAGCUGUCGACAGGAGAGACGCUAGAUGCUGACGCCUUGGUGUGUUGCACGGGCUGGAAAACGGUCCCUACUAUCCAGUUUGACACGUCAUGCGUCAGGGAAGGAGCAUGUCUUAGAAUAGCAAAGGGCACGGGCACAGGUGACUCAGUUGCUGCUGAAUGGCAGAUCAAUCGUGACAUCAGCUAUCUCCGAUCUAUCCCAAAAAGAGCUGGAAAUGCCCCGGCAAUUCCCGAGGGUCAGAUUCCGCAACAGCCUUCCUCCUUUUAUCAGCUUUACCGUAUGGUCAUCCCAAGCCAGCCUGUUUUCGUAGAGAAGAACAACUUGGCUUUUAUCGGAUUGCAUUCUUCUGUCCACGCUGUGCUAGUCGCUCAGGCCCAGGCUCUUUGGAUCACGGCUUUCUUUGAUAAUAAGAUAAGGCAUCUCAAUCCUCCUCAUAUUGAUAUCAAAGCCGUGCAAUAUAGCAGCAUCCUGGAAGGCAUAUAUGGGAGGUUCAGACGUCCAAAGGAAUGUGGGGGCGCGGCGGGCAAGUAUCCGGAUCUAGUGUUUGACACUCUGCCUUAUGUAGAUACGCUGCUUAGGGAUCUCGGGUUAGCGCCGAAUAGGAAGAGCAGUUGGUUCAAGGAAUUAUUCGAGGUCUAUCUUCCGCAAGAUUAUAGAGGCAUCACUGAAGAAUGGAGGGGAAUGAAUAUGAAGGGAAAUUGUGAGGGAGUAUUUUAA